GGGAGAGAGGGAGAGCACGAAAGCAGCGCCGGGAGCAGCGGCAGCAGCAGGGCCGGUCACCCUCGCCCCCUCCCUGCUCCUGUGCUCGCCAGCGCAAGCCAUGUCCUAUCCUCAGGGUUACCUCUACCAGCCCCCCGGCUCGCUGGCUCUGUACUCCUGCCCGGCGUACGGAGCGUCGGCGCUGGCGGCCCCCAGGAGCGAGGAGCUGGCCAGGUCUUCGUCGGGCUCGGCGUUCAGCCCUUAUCCGGGAUCGGCAGCUUUCACCGCCCAGGCGGCGGCCACAGGCUUCACCAGCCCGCUCCAGUACUCCACAGACCCCGCCACGGGAUUCCCCUCCUACAUGGGCUCCCCUUACGACGCCCAUACGACGGGGAUGACCGGGGCCAUCAGCUACCACCCGUACGGCAGCCCUGCCUACCCCUACCAGCUCAACGACCCCGCGUACAGGAAGAAUGCCACCCGCGACGCCACGGCCACGCUGAAGGCCUGGCUGCAGGAGCACCGCAAGAACCCCUACCCCACCAAGGGCGAGAAGAUCAUGCUGGCCAUCAUCACCAAGAUGACCCUCACCCAGGUCUCCACCUGGUUUGCCAACGCCCGCCGCCGCCUCAAGAAGGAGAACAAGAUGACGUGGGCCCCGCGGAACAAGAGUGAGGACGAGGACGACGACGAUGGCGACGGGGCGAGGAGUAAAGAGGAGAGCCCUGACAAGAUACCCGAGAGCAACGAGACCUCCGCCGAGGACGAAGGGAUCAGCUUGCAAGUGGACUCGCUGACGGACCACUCGUGCUCCGCCGAGUCGGACGGCGAGAAGCUGCCGUGCCGGGCCGGCGACCCCCUGUGCGAGUCGGGUUCGGAGUGCAAGGACAAGUACGAGGACAUCGAAGAGGAAGAGGAAGACGAGGACGAUGACGAGGAGGACAUCGAGGAGGACGACGGCGGCGGCGGGGAGCGCGACCCGCCGGCCAAGCCAGCCACCUCCUCGCCUCUGGCCGCCGUGGAGGCCCCUCUGCUCGGCCACCCGCACGCCGACGCCGCCCGCAGCGCCAGCAAGGCGGCGCUGGGCGGCCGCGCCUCCCCCGGGCCCCCGACGCCGGCCAGCAAGCCCAAGCUCUGGUCGCUGGCCGAAAUCGCCACCUCGGACCUCAAGAGCCAGAACUUGGGCCAAGGCUGCCCGCCGGCAGCGUUGGCCUCGGCCACCCCCGCCUCCGCCCCGCACAGCGCUGCCUACUCUCCCUCCUCCCUUCUGGGGAGGCAUAUUUAUUACACCUCACCUUUUUAUAGCAAUUACACAAACUAUGGGAACUUUAACGCUCUCCAGAGCCAGGGGAUCCUGAGAUACAACUCGGCGGCAGUGGCUUCAAACGAGGGACUCAGUCAGACUGUCCUAAAUGCCAGCUCUGUCCACAAGCAGAGCAGUGACUCUUUGAAAACGAUCACUAACCAGCUAGAACAACAUUACAGGCCCUCUAGUUAUGACUCUAAGAAAGAUCCCACUGAAGUCUGCACAGUAGGAGUACAACCAUACCUAUAGAAGUACAAUCACGCAGCAAUGCAAGUAAGUGAGAGCGUUUUCUAUUACGCUGAUCAUUUGGCACCAGGUCUAAGACAGCGCGCAGAUCGAGACUUGCUUAGUGUUAAUUUCUUGCUUCAUUACAUGAGGCUCUGAUUACAGAGUAAGACACUCUUUUCUGCUAUUUUUAAGCCUCUCAUUACAGCUUUUCUUUCUCGUGUUUGUCUUCAUUUUAAAGUCAGGUUAGACUUCCUUCACCUCGCGUACUCUUUGCUUGUGUGAGGCAAACCUGAAAGGACUAUUUAAAUGCUAAGGAAAAGCAAGCUUGAAAGAAUAUUUUUGAAGGCGUUGUUCAGAAAAGUUCUCGUGCUCACGUGGCAGUGCUGCAAUGGCACAUUUUAAGCGAGGUUUCGCACGGCGAUCGUGUAUUUGAAAUGAGAAGGGACGAUUAUCAGAGAUCCACAUGCAUUUCAGCAGGGUGUGUUGUCUGUGACUUGCUCCUUGCCCGGCUAUCAGUUCAGUGCUUAAUACCCCCCAUUACCUGGGGGGGCUAAAGAAACAAAAAAAAAUCACCUUGUCGAUACUUUUCCUUUUCUUUUUUCUUUCUUUCUUUUAUUUAUUUUAUUUUAUUUUUUGUUAGGAGAAAAAAAAGUAGACGAGUAAGAGUUUUGCCUUACUUCCAGUAUUUUUCGAGUUUAAUGGCGUUAGUGUGCAAUUGAAGGAUUUUUGGAUGAUCUGGUUUUUUCCUUGGUCCACAGGUAGGUGUCACAAUUGCUUUGAAAAAAGUCAGCAAGCCAUCAUCUCUCCCUGAGCUAAUAUAUAUAACAAAUCUCUAAAUCCGGAUCACAUCUUGUGCCACUGUAUAAAAGAAGACCACAGAGCACUAUUAAAUCUUCAGACUCUAAUUAUUAAACCAGAAUUUUGUCGGACAUAAUGUGAGUUUGCUGGUAUAGUAUAGUUUCCCCAAUGUACGUGUGACUUUUGAAAACAGAUCUGUUUUUCUCAGGAUAUCUCGAAUUGAUCACUUCAUUGCCACGGUAUAUAUUCGAUAGGUGUGAUAGGAUUUAUUGUAAAAUUUAUUUGUAAAAGAUGUAUACAGUAGAGAUAAUAAAGACGUGAUUGGAGAACUUGAGUCCUUACAAAGUGGAAACAAAUUUGAUAUUUAUUUUUGUAACGAUAUAAAGCUUCUAGUAAUUUAUGCAAGUUGUAUUGCAAUGGAAUCUGAACUUUUUGUAAAUAAAUUUUGCCUGGUUUUUAUUUGAAACGUUGAUGGUUAUACAAUCUUUGGUUGUUUAACGAGAAUUCUUUACUAAUUUAUAUCUCUAAUUGUAAAUAAAAACAGACUAGUCUGCAACAA